CCUUGUUUGAUUAAGUCUUUACCGUUUUUUCCGCUUUACCACAUCUAGCACGCUGCAGAAUGGAAGAUGUCCGAAAUGUUGCGUAUUUUAUCAACUUGCUGUCAAUUGUGAUUUUGACCAUUUUACCAUUAUCAGAAUGCUAUCGCCGAGGAUUUAACAUACCUUUACCAUUAGCCGAUCCUUUUAUCACGGAAGAUAUGGGAGAGUCCGAGCUUAACACAGAAUUCAAUCAAGAUCCGUCCAGUAUAUUCGACAAUGGAGCGCUACCUUUAGUACUUAGAUCUUUUGAAGAAAAACUGGUUCACGACUUACAGUACCAUCCUGGUUUGGAACACAUAACGGAAACCCAGGCGUUUUAUCUUAGGGAGCGGCUCCGAGGCUUGUACUCAUACCUGAAGAAUCACCCAGCCUUGAUGGACCGCAGGCUUCAAGUGGCCUCAAGGAAACCUCUCUAUACAUUUAGAUCAGCCCCUGUGGUGCCUGAGAAGAGGACAUCAUUUCCGGUGGGGAUUCGUUACCCAGUGUGUCCGUCUAGGAAUGAAUGGCGACUAAUUUACACGGCGCGCGAUAUUAACAACACCGCCGUGGAACUGUUCCAACCGCAGGACGGCUCGGAAGGUCAGCAGUGGUUUUACACGGUAUCCUGCGACCAGACCAGGAUUACGGCUCUUAAUCCUACCUGUCCAUCAUGCUGCACCGGCAUUGAUCAUAGAAGGUUUUCGUCUGAGUGCCUGACUAUGAAGUCGUACGUAAUCGCUCUGGUGAAAAGACAACAAGAUACAUUCUUCGACUGGAACUGGAUCAAAGUGGAAAGCAGUUGCAGUUGUGCCAUCACGCGAAAACACGGCGGCUGAGCGUUCGUAUAUUACACACGAAGGAGCCAAAUCAUUUAUUUAUGCCUUUCUAAUCUUUUGUCAAGCAAAUUCCAUUCUAUAGAUCAACCAGUCCCAAUUUUUUUUAUCCUAUAGGCCAUUAUGGCAAAAAGAAAAAUGGAUUUUAAAAACAUUUCAAUGCUUACGGAACAAAAGAAACACUGUCGAUGCAUACAAAUGGGUUAUCAUCGCUUCUUUAUUCAUGUGACAAGGCGUAUGUUGUUAAACCAUUGCUUGAUCUGAUAUUACGAGGCUAAUAGUAUUGCCUUGUAGCAGUGACAUGUAUAGGAUGUUUUAGGAAAGGUUCGAAAAUUAGUGGAGCUUUAUUGACGUGUCCUUCUUUGCCAAACCAUAGAAACACAAAAUUAAAUUUAGACAUCACAUUUGAUCAAGUGGUCAGAAUAAAGUUCACGACAAUUACAACUAACUAUAUUUUCAAACGUUUGGGAAACUCGAAAGAUGCAGAGUUCGUGACCAUCGAAAUAUUUUCGUUUUGAUUCCUUGAGAACAUUCCAAUCGUGGCUUGUGUGACCCCAUUUCGCGCCUCCCUACCGUUUUUUAACUGUUCAGCGCUGUUUGGUUUCAGUGAGAGGUAAAGUGGUUCUUCACUCUGAAGUCAUCUCCAUUCUCUUCAGAAAGCUAUGACACACUCAUGUGUUGUGUUUUUAUUAAUAAUGCCAAUGAUUUAACAUCUACAAUGAGUUAAAGACAACAUGUCUGAAGGCCGACAGAUAUAACAAACACAUAGUGGAAGAGGCUUGCAUUGAUUAUGGCCAGAGGCCUUCUAUUUCUGUAUGCUGUAAAUAUUGUUUCUCUUAUUCAGUUGCCUCAAGAGCUGCUAUAUACAUGUGGCAAAACAGACAUAAUCACAUAUUAAGUUAAAAAUGCUAGAUACCAUGGUAGUUACAAUCAACUGAACCUUGUUAUCGCCUUGUUGAUGGCGCCCUUCGUGGACAUUGCACAUGUACAUGUCGUUUGUUUAUCGAAAUUAUGCCGUGUAAGUCGUUCGGUUCUAUAUUGUAUAUAUGCUACCCAUUGCUUAAUGCACAAUAAGGAACAUGUAGUUCAACUACCAUCUUACUGUAAUUUGAAUAGUCCUGUUAUUUGUCCUUAUCAUGCUUAAUUUCAAUAAAUUGUUGUUGAUUUGCAGAAUAGCAAUUGGUGUCGACUCUUAGAUAGGGUAAACUCAUGAAUGCCGAAUUUGGUGCCAUUAGAAACUUUGCUACAUCCAGUACAUGACAUAAACAAACGUUCCAAGUUUUACUGUUACGUUUAUAGAGCUUAAGACGUUAUAUUGAUGUUCGGAUCAAGAUUUUGUGAACCAAUUUUGUGUGGUGAUUUCCUAUUAAAAAUAGUCUAUAAAAAGAUAAAACGUUUAACAGGAAUAUGAGAUUACUUUGGUGAAAAUUGUCGGCUUGCAUUAAGUUGCCUCUUACAAAUGCAUGCUCUCAAUAUUUACUAUUUUGGAUAGAUCUAAACUCCUGUGUCUUAUUUAAAGAAACAGUGAUAUGCUUAAUGUUGAAAUAUCACAUGUACACUGUAUCACUAAAGAAUGAUUAAAGUCAACACAGCUUUGUGUAUAUAGAUUGUUUGUUCUACAACGAUUAUACUGUCUUCAGUGCACAUUUUAAUUCACUUUACACAGUUUUAAGUUUAAUUUAUCUCCGUGUACGCUGUUCCGAGUAUUAUUGGAAUCUUCGCCGUCGAUCCAGGUUGUG